AUUUUAUUAAAGCCGCUUGAAAUGGAGUUUAUAAUGAAAAAAAAAAAGACUCGAGACAACGAGUGGCUUGAAAGAGAUGUGUUUGGUUGCGGCGCACGGUGACGAGAGGACGGAGGAGGACACCGGAUAGUCGACCCCGAGUCUCCCACCGUGGAGGAGAUGGAUGAGCAACAACAGGACGAGUGGACGAUUCGUUCCGAAUGGGCCCGAUGGGUCACGAUUCAUGUCUUCGGCCCAUCUUCCAAGCGGCCCGGGAAAACAUAACGGCGUGAUCCAACUACCAUACCGAGUGGGCCCGACUGGACCACCAACCCCUCGAUUUUGUUUUCCAUAGAAGAGCCACUCAUUUCGGAUUUUGCCCUGUCGCCAGUCAACAGUUGCCAACGACUCACCAAGCGCGCCAACCCUCAAGCAUCAAGCCAUGGAGACGGCAGCCGCACCUACCCUGGCGCCGCACGUGCUGGUUGUCCCCUUCCCCGCGCAGGGCCACGCGCUGCCGCUCCUCGAUUUCGCCGGCCUGCUCGCCGCGCGGGGCCUCCGCCUCACCGUCGUCACCUCGCCCGCCAACCUCCCGCUGCUCUCGCCAUUCCUCGCGGCGCACCCCGGUGCCGUCACACCGCUGACCCUCCCGUUCCCCUCCAGCUCGUCUAUCCCCCCGGGUGUCGAGAGCACCAGGGGCUGCCCCCCGGAGUACUUCCCCGUCUUCAUCCACGCACUCACCGCGCUCCGCGAGCCGGUCCGCGCGUGGGCCAGGUCACGCUCGCCGUCUGACGACGGCCCCAUCGUCGCCGUCGUCGCCGACUUCUUCUGCGGGUGGGCGCAGCCGCUCGCCCGCGACCUCGGCGCCGCGGGCAUAGUGUUCUCGCCGUCCGGCGUCCUUGGCGCCGCCGUCCCUCACUCGCUCUUCCGGCGCCUGGUGAGGCGGCCUGCUGCUGCCGAGGAGUCCAGCGUGGUCACGUUCCCGGCGAUCCCCGGAGAACCGGUGUACCAGUGGAGGGAGGUCUCCAUGCUUUACAGGUGGUUCGUGGAAGGCGGGGAAGAAGACGAGCAGGCCCGCGAGCCGGUGAGGCGUAACUUCCUGUGGAACGUGGAGGAGAGCUGGGGGUUCGUGUUCAACACGCUCCGGGCGCUGGAGGGGAGGUACCUGGAGCAGCCGCUCGAGGACCUCGGCUUCAGGCGCAUGUGGGCGGUGGGCCCCGUGGCGCCUGACGCGGACGCCGCCGGCGCGCGCGGCGGGGAGACCGCCGUCGCGGCCGCCAGCCUCGGCGCGUGGCUGGACCCGUUCCCGGAAGGCUCGGUCGUGUACGUGUCGUUCGGGAGCCAGGCGGUGCUGACCCCGGGCGUGGCGGCGGCGCUGGCCGAGGCGCUUGAGCGCAGCGCCGUGCCGUUCGUCUGGGUCGUGGGCGCCGGGAGCAGCGGCGUGGUCCCCAAAGGGUUCGAGGUGCGCGCGGCGUCGGCGGGCCGCGGGGUGGUGGUGCGCGGGUGGGCGCCGCAGCUGGCGACGCUGCGGCACCCGGCGGUGGGGUGGUUCAUGACGCACUGCGGCUGGAACUCGGUGCUGGAGUCCGCCGCAGCGGGGGUGGCCAUGCUAACAUGGCCGAUGACGGCGGACCAGUUCGUGAACGCGCGCUUGCUCGUGGACGAGGCGCGCGUGGCGGUGCCCGCGUGCGCGGGCGGGUUCGGCGUCGCGCCGGACCCGGGCGAGCUGGCGACCGUGCUGGCCGACGUGGUAGGGGAGAAGGGGCGCGACGUGAGGGCCCGCGCCAAGGAGCUCGCGGCGGAGGCCGCGCGGGCGGUGAUGGAAGGCGGCAGCUCCUACGCUGAUUUGGACGGAUUAGUGCAGGAGAUUCGGAAUCUUCGUUGAGUUCGAGCGGAUCGUCGGGACAAAAUUCUGUGCCGGGCACCCUGUCAGCUGUGCAGUUAAUGAAUUGGUCCCCGUCCUGGUCGAGAAUAAUCACACAACAAAAAAGUUUGGUUUAUUUUUAAAGCGUACUUGUAAAGAACAUUCGAACAACAAUCCCAUAUAAGAAAGAAUAAAGUUGCAUUAGCUAUCGUCGAGAAAUUGGC